CACGGUACCUUGUUCUCGAAAAGUGCUUUGAUUUUGAACGGUUCAUACCUUAAUAAGUUCUAUCGCUUUAGUGUUUGUCGUUCGUUCGUUGUUGUAUGUCUUAUUAAUUGGCUGGUUGACAGUUUGACGUGAUACAUUAAGUGACCAGAUAUUAUUUUAUUUGUUUAUUUAAAAUUAGUUUUUUGUUAAAUAUAUUUUUUAUUUAAAUAUUAAUAGUUUUUAAUGAAUUGCGGUAAAUAUCAAUAUAAUAGAAGGUAGUGUGUUAUGUUAUCAUUGUUGCUUCUGUUAUUAAUAAGUUGAUAGGUUGAAAUCGUUACUUAUCUACAUCAUCUAAAUAAAUUAACAUCUAGCUGAAAAAUAAUUUUGCAAUAAUCUGCAUUAUAUUAUAUUAUAUUACUAUUGUUUAACAUUAUUACAUAUAGUGCGAGUGUUAUUUUGAACAGUUUUUUAAUUUUUUUUAUAAACUGUUUUGGGUAAAUUUUAAUUAAACGGUAGCAGACAGGUUUUUAAACCUUUGAAUUUCAUACAACUGAACUGGUUUCGUGUAAAGAGGAAGAAAGCAAGCAUGUCAGUUUCACAGAAGAAGUUAAAACUCUUCAAGACGACCAGCUUGUCAGACAUCUUCAGCACCCUGCGACUUAAAAACAACACCUCGGCCGGCAUCCCAACGUUCAACGACCCCACAAAAUCGGACCUCCCACCCUCGCAAGAUCAACCAUCAACAACGGCAGCAAUGACAAAACUUUCCACACAAAAUCACCAGAAACGACAGAACCCAUCCACGUCCAACAACUCCAGCAAACCGGCACCAACAUCGAUAGACGACGAAUGUCAGCUCCAUGAAAUCAACUCAAAACUUGUAAACAGUCGAGGACUUCAUGUUUCGCGUUCAGGUCGUUUCAAGGAAAAAAAUAAACAAAGACAACGAGUCUACAGUGUGAACGGCGAAACUAUGCUCUCCGUCGAUUCGACCGUUAUCGACAAUGAAAAUGAAAAACAUAAAAAAUUCAACAGAAAUGCAUCUCUCAUCACUCAAGGGCAGUUUUCAUUUUUAAACGAUGGCGAAGUAGUAAGAUCGGAUCCUCCAAGAUCAGCUCCUGCCUUGUCUUUGUUCUCCGUAUCCUUGGUAGGCUACGAUGACAGCAACUCGAAGCUUUAAGAUAUCAUCUCUCAUACAUCCUUCUCAACUUCUACUUUCACAAAACCAGGCGCAAACGAAAAUAUAAACACCAACAUAUCAACACCACAACACAAACACACACAAUGAGGUGGACUGUUGUCCAUUUCAUACACAGGCUUGAACUGAUAAACACACACGUACGCAAUGUACCAAAUUUUAACAUGACAGGCUUAAUUUUUUAUUUAAUGCAUAUUUUCGUUUUGCAUUUUCGGUUAUUAUUUUUCGUUCUUUUAUUUUCUUUUUUUCAAAAUAUAUUAUGCAAUUUGUAAACUAUAAUGGGAUAGCUUUGUGGAACAUCUAAUAAAUAAAAAUGUGAUGAUACUUGA